AAAAUUUAUUGGGCAAGAUUUGCGAUUCAUGGGGAGCUUAUCAUUUUCGUAGCACACAAACACGAUGAAUGAUUUGCCACCCUUAGGAUUCGCGCCUCUUAUAGGUAAUACGGUUUUCUCUCCCUUCUCUCUCUCUCUCUCUCUCCCUCUCCGUUUCCCCAUUCAAGCAAUGCCACCUGAAGAACAGAGAGAUAGCUCUUCAAUCUCACAAUGAGAUUUUGAAUUUCAGAAGGAGCUUCAUUCUCUUUCAUUUUUUUCCCCCUCUUUUGAUGGCGUUUUUUCCUUUAUGGGUUUCGACUAUUUUCUUCGUUCCAUUCGCUGCACAUUAGGUUUUCCCAAUCCUCUGUUUGGGUACUGAGAAAAAAACAGAGGACGUGAAACCAAAAUUUAGUUUUGGAAUCUGGGUUCCUAAGAUUUGCCACACUUCUGCCCGAGGUUUCGGCAUAUUCGAUUGAAAGUAUUCCAAAUUCUGUUUUCUCCUUCUCUCAUUUGGGACUCGCACAAUUACAAGCAAAAUGUCUGGUUUUGUGGGUGUUGUUAUUUCUGAUCCAUCGCUUCAAAGCCAUUUCACUCAAGUCGAGCUUCGUGGUCUCAAAUCCAAAUUUCUUUCAGCAAAGAACCAAUCUGGUAAAAUCACGUUGGGAGAUUUGCCACCAGUUAUGGUGCAUUUAAAGAAUUUGACUGGUGUCUUUACUGAGGCUCAGAUUAAGACCAUCUUGGGGGAAUCUUCUGACUUGAGCGAAGAAAUUGAUUUUGAAUCCUUCCUUCGGGUAUACCUGAAUCUACAGUCAAGAGCAACGUCAAAAUCAGGCGGACCAAAAUUGAAAAGUUCCGUUUCAUUUCUGAAGGCUACUACAACCACCCUCCGCCACACCAUUAGUGAAUCUGAGAAGGCCUCUUAUGUUGCCCACAUUAACAGCUUCCUCAGAGAUGAUCCGUUCUUGAAGAAAUAUCUUCCUCUAGAUCCAUCUACCAAUGCUUUAUUUGACCUUGCAAAAGAUGGAGUUCUUCUCUGUAAGCUCAUCAAUGUGGCUGUCCCUGGCACAAUAGAUGAGCGGGCUAUUAACAAAAAACAGGUCCUUAAUCCGUGGGAGAGGAAUGAGAAUCACACGCUUUGCCUCAAUUCUGCAAAGGCUAUAGGCUGCACUGUAGUUAAUAUUGGCGAACAGGACUUGGUUGAAGCAAGACCACAUCUGGUAAUGGGGUUGAUUUCUCAAAUGAUUAAGAUUCAACUGUUAGCUGAUCUCAAUCUAAAGAAAACUCCUCAACUUCUGGAAUUGGUGGAUGACAGCAAGGAUGUUGAGGAACUCAUGGGUUUACCCCCAGAAAAGGUUUUACUCAAAUGGAUGAAUUUCCAAUUGAAGAAAGCAGGAUACAAGAAACAGGUUUCAAAUUUCUCAUCUGAUCUGAAGGAUGGCGAAGCCUAUGCUCACUUGCUUAAUGUUCUUGCACCAGAACAUGGUAGUGCCACCACAUUGGAUACUAAGGAUCCUACUGAAAGAGCGAAUUUGAUUCUUGAGCAUGCAGAGAGAAUGGAUUGCAAAAGAUAUGUCACUCCAAAGGACAUCGUUGAGGGAUCGACAAAUCUAAAUCUGGCAUUUGUUGCUCAAAUAUUCCAGCAGAGGAAUGGCUUAUCCAUGGACACCAAAAAUAUGUCUUUUGCUGAGAUGAUGACAGAUGAUGCUCAAACUUCUAGGGAAGAGAGAUGCUUCCGACUGUGGAUUAACAGUCUUGGAAUCGAUUCAUAUGUCAAUAAUCUGUUUGAGGAUGUCAGAACAGGAUGGGUUAUUUUGGAAGUUCUUGACAAAGUUUACCCAGGAUCAGUAAACUGGAAGCAAGCAACGAAACCUCCCAUCAAGAUGCCUUUCAGAAAAGUUGAGAAUUGCAACCAAGUUAUACGGAUUGGAAAGGAAUUGAACUUCUCUCUUGUGAAUGUGGCAGGAAACGAUAUUGUACAGGGAAACAAGAAGCUCAUACUAGCUUUCCUGUGGCAGUUGAUGAGGUUUACCAUGCUCCAACUCUUGAAAAACCUAAGGUUUCACGCUAAGGGAAAGGAGAUAGCAGACAGUGACAUUCUAACUUGGGCUAACCACAAAGUGAAGAGCUCAGGCAGAAAAUCUCAAAUGGACAGCUUCAAGGACAAAAACCUUUCAAAUGGGACUUUCUUCCUAGAACUUCUUAGUGCUGUGGAGCCGAGGGUUGUUAACUGGAGUGUCGUUACUAAGGGUGAAACUGAUGAGGAUAAGAAGUUGAAUGCAACAUAUAUCAUCAGUGUUACUCGAAAGCUUGGGUGCUCCAUUUUCUUAUUGCCCGAGGACAUAAUGGAGGUGAACCAGAAGAUGAUCCUCACCCUAGCGGCGAGCAUCAUGUACUGGAGCCUGAGGCAAAAAGCCGGAGAGUCAGGGUCAACACCUAAUGAACAGAAGGAUACCACUGAUGAUGCUGUUGUCUCUGGCACUGCUCUCUCCCCUCUCAUUGAAACAGAGGAAUGCUCAACAGAGGCUGAAAAGGACAAUGGAGAAUGACCAAGCGUUACUGCUUAUCAUUUUUUUUUCUUUAUUUAUUUUUCUUCCAAAGGAUCAAAAAAAGCAAUAGGUUGCAGUUAGUUUUAUAUCUCAGUUGCUAAUUUCUUACGGUCAUUGUUAAUGUUAUGGUGAACCUAAGGAAAAAGGUUUCUGUAAAUUUUUCUUGUGUAAUUACAGUUUGUUGUUCGUAGAAAUUCUUUUUGACAUUUACUACGUUGUUCUUAAUAUUGCCAUCCCUGAGGUUUGGGUUUA